GGCAAACAAACAAGACUUAGGCUCAGGGUUCGUGGAAAAAUUUAUUUUUAUCAUUUUACAUUAUCAGAGUGAGAUAUCAAUCGCAUUAGUCAUUUUUUUAAAUUCAUUUUGGAGGAACAGUGGACUUGUAAUGUCUCAUUUUUCAUCGCCGAUGCCUUCAAGGGAAUUUCUUUGGGAUGUGUUUCAGAGAGUGGAUUCAGAUCGGAGUGGUUAUAUAUCUGCCGAUGAGUUACAAGUAGCUUUAUCUAAUGGUACUUGGACUCCUUUCAACCCAGAGACCGUCAGACUUAUGAUUGGAAUGUUUGACAAACAGAAUAGAGGAACUGUUUCUUUUGAGGACUUUGGAGCAUUAUGGAAAUACGUGACGGACUGGCAAAACUGCUUCCGAUCAUUUGACAGGGAUCAUUCCGGGAACAUAGAUAGGACGGAGUUAAAAACAGCUCUGGUCUCAUUUGGCUACCGACUCAGCGAGAACAUCAUCGACCUAAUGGUACGCAAAUUUGACAGACAUGGGAACGGAACCAUCUUGUUUGACGAUUUCAUCCAAUGCUGUAUCGUCUUGCAUACACUUACAUCAGCAUUUCGGCAGUAUGAUACAGACCAGGAUGGUUAUAUCACCAUUCACUACGAACAAUUCAUCGGAAUGGUGUUAGGACUGAAGAUCUAAACUGUUUAGUCAGUAUUAAAAACUAUAUUAGGGGCCUAUGUUUGUUAAUACACACAAGAUAAGAUAUUAGUGUUAUGCUUGUUGUGAUCCUCCGAAGAGGAAACUGCCUUCUAGACGUUUCUUGUAAUAUUUUCCAUAAAAUCCUUCAAGCUUAAUUUUGUGCCAUAAUAGAUUUCAGCCUAAGAAAAAUAUUAGACUUAACGGAAUAUGUGGAAAGCUUCAUGUAUAAUGAAAAGUUAGUUAAAGCAUUGAUUUAGGAUACUUUACACGCUAGUGCAUUUAUAGGCGAAGGUUAAAGGCCAAAGGGUAAUGUAGUUAGUAGUUAACAAAGUGGCAGUGAUCAAAACAUAAACGGUGGUUAUUUAGCCCAUCUGACACUGACAGGUGCGCGAUAAUCACACACUUUCAAUACACAAGUCCAGCCGUCACUUCAGAAAUGUCGUUGCGCUGUCAGUUUUUUAUAUUAAAGUCUACUACAAUUUUUGAAAGUCCCGCUUGUUGUAAGAUGCCAUCUGUAAUAUGAUUUUUGUUCGACGUAAACUUUUAACCUAUAGAUAUUUAUCAUAAAGUAUGUGAUCUCACUCGGCAAAAUCACACUCAAGAUCGCCUUCAUUCUAAUAUUAAAAUGAGAAAUUUUCACUUAACCACCCUACAGCAAACCAGACCUUGCUUCGAGUGUUUUCUUUCAAGAAUUAGUAUUCCGUUGUUUCCAAAAAUUAAGACCUGUUUAGAAAGAGCACGUUUAGAAAUGGAGCUCCAUUUCCGUGUCACCAGAUGGCAAAGCUCACAGGUGGCGCAAUUCUACGAUAAAGGAAUUUCAAAGCACUUCCAAUGCUAUAAGUGCCUUAAUUCUUUUGGUGGCUAUGUAGAAAGUGGUAUUUUAGUUGAUAUUUCAAAUUUAUACUGUAAAAUUCUUGUCUCUUACAAUCUUUUUAUUUUAUUCCAAAUAUUCAGAACAGCCCUUGUAUUAAGUUCCAUCACAGUUCAAAGGUUCCCUACAUUUUUCGGUAUUAAUUAUUUCGUGGAACCAGGGUGUCUUAAACAAUAUUUCCCUAUGUGCAUUGAUUAAAAUUACAUUAUCUAAUUUUGAAAGAAGAAAUCAUUUAUGUAUUGGGUGCAGUAAAAAGAAGUAGUAAAUUAGCUAUUAAAUAUUAUAAACAAUAUAAUGCGUCUGAAACUGAGAUUUAUUUAGUUAUAAAAUAUAAUUUUUGUCAAUUUUGUUAUUGUAGGCCUAUUUUGUAUGUGAAAUAUUCAGUAUUUUAAAUUCUUGAUAACUUUAUAAACCCUUUAUUCUUUAUUUGUUUUUAGAUUUUGUAGUGGAAUUAAAUAUAAAAUAGGGUAGAUAAACAAUUAAAUUAUAACAAUUUAAUUUUGUAUGACUUUAACUGUUGCGGUGUUAUUAGGACACCCCUUGAAAACAGUUUGUUAAAAAAAAAAUAAAAAAAACAACUCAUUGUAUUAUGUAGCCUAUAAAAUGUGUAGUGACAUCAGCAUAUUCAGGGAUUCUUUCUACAAAAUAUAUCACGUUAAAAGCUCUGUACUUAUGAAAAUGUUUUACUUUUUUAAGUUUCUCAAGUUGCAAAAACAAGAACAGGAAACCAUUUCUUACUAUAACAUCUUAGUACCGUACUUAAUAUUUACAUAGUCUAUGAUUUUUUAGAGUUAUAAAGUUACCACGAGUAGUCAUCAUUGAUGCUAUUGUCACUUAAAAUAGUUUUCUUACCCAAAGUUAAAUAACUCUUGUGUCAAAUUGUAUACUAAAGUCUGACUUUUAUAAUGUCUGUGAUUUGAAUAGAACUUUUUGUGAUCAUUGCAUGUAAUGUGGAUACAUUAGGGUUAUUUCUUAUCUGCUAAAAUAUGUUUAUAUGCAAUAUAUUGUAGCUCAAGUAUUUCUUUAGAUACUCUGUAAAUCAUAUUAUUUUUAUUUUUUGAAUACUGUGGCAUUUUAAAAAUGUUUCAGAAAUUGUACAUAUUUUAUAAUCGACAAUAUUAUAAAAUCAAAAAUACUUUGAGAUGCAUGUUUUUCAUGUGUGACAUUACUAUAGUCUAAAUGACGGAACCUGUCUCCUGGGGACUCCAACAGUUUAAGGCCCAGGGCUGUCCCUAGUAGACAAAGGGACAGAAGACAGGUUCCAACAUACAGACUAAACAAAACACUGUAAUACAUGUAACAAGAUGUUCGUUGCUUAACUGCACAAAUCUUAACUAAAUGAGUUCAAAUACUAAAACCAUCUGCAAUUGCCCUCAGAACGUUAAUAUUCUUAAGUAAAGUUCCUUCAUGUCCAAUUACUUUUAGAGUUACCAUAUUAUCUUUGUACCAAACAAACCAUGUAAUCGAAUAUUUGAUCAACUAUGUAAGAUUUAAAAAGACUUUGAAUUUUCAUUGGGGUAUAUUUAUGUAGCAAGAGUUGUAUAGAGAUGUUAUUUUAAUAUAAUAAACAGUAUAUAAAUAUAUUUAUAUUUCCUU